AUGUGGACAGAAAUUGAGAAGAUAAACGAGGCAAUACCAAAGAAGAGAGUAAGGAUAAGGAACUGGAGCAUAGGAGAAAAGUUAUGGUGCGAUAAGGAAUGGAAAGCAAGGAAAAGGGAGAUAAGAAGGAAAAUGACAAAAUUCAGGAAAGGAAAAUGCAGCAGAGAAGAAUUCAUAGAGGAGAAGAAGGCAUUUAAACAGUGGUGUAAACAAAGAAAUGAGAAGCAGGAAGAGGAAGAAAUGGAGAAAAUCAACAAGAUCAAAACAGAGCAAGAAGCAUGGAAAUACAUAAAUAAAUAUAGAAGAAGAAAAGAGGUUAUAGACGAAGAUAUAAGGGAAGAAGAGUGGAAAAAUUACUUUAUGGAAAUGUUAGAGGGGACAGAAAGCAAAGAGGACAGAAGAAUAGAAGGAUGGAGAGCGGAGGAGGAAUCAAAGGAGGAGAGAGAAGAUAACAUAGAGAAGGAAGAGGUGAUAUUCCAAAUCAGAAACUUGAAAGAGAAAAAAGCAACGGGGGGAGAUGGCUUGGAAAACGAGGUAUGGAAGUAUGCGCCGAAGGAAGUGGGGGAAGCGUUAUGGGAGAUGCUAAGAAAAAUAUGGAAUGGAAAGGGGAUACCUGAAGACUGGAGAAAAGGCGUAAUAUGUCCGAUUUACAAGAAGGGGGACAAGGGAGCAGUGAAGAGCUACAAAGGGGUCACGUUAAUGGACACGGCAUAUAAGAUUUAUGCAGGAAUUCUGGACGAGCGGCUGAAGAUGGAGAUCGAAGACAAGCUGGGAGAGAGCCAAUUCGGGUUUAGGAAAGGAAGAGGAGUGAUAGACGCAGUGUACGUAUUGACCACAUAA